CCAACAUGAUUUGUCAUUCUUCUUUUUCCCAAAUGUUACCUACCUGGCAGUCCCCUUCUGUGAAGGCAGUUCCCCACAACCUAAGGCCACAAGGCAAGCUCUCCAAGUCUGUUGGAUUGCUUUCUCUUCCCACAUGAAGUUACAAAAAAAUAGUCCAGAUUGCCAUUCUCUGUCCAUCAAAUAAAUCCUUGUUGACCUCCUGGGCCAACUCACUCAGUGCCCUUUCACAAUUUUAUCUGUCCUGCUUACCGUCAUCUUGUUUACUUUUGAACCUUAUCUUUUACCACAGACCCGGUUAGCCUAUCAGCCUUUCUUUCCUUCCCCUUUCACACUGAAUGCUCUGUAGAGCCUCCAGUUUAGAGACUGGAAUUAAGAAACUAUACUAAACCAGUGCUGCCUGGCUUUUUUAAUAGAAAGACCUUCAAAGUUGACUGAACAUAAAAACUGGCUAGUUUGGAAAGGGACUUUGUAACUGGAAGAAUGUAAAAAUUCCCAAUGCCUUUUGUUAGUGAAUGAAUAAUGGGUGAAUGUGAAGAAGAAUAAAGAUGAAGGAGAGGGGCAAAUGGGGAAAAUCAUUUGGAGUUUUUAAAAAAGAUCACUUUCAUUAAUUCGCAUGCCAUGAAUGAAAAAUAGUCAAAUCAAAUCAACCUUAAGUCAAAUCUCCACGUAAUGUGUAUUUUAUUUUUAUCAGCUACAUUUUUAAAACAAUCACAAGCACCCUCUUACACACAAGACUUCUGGCUUAUGUGCAGUUAAAAUAUACACAUUACAUAGCUGUUCUGUAGCAGAGUCCUGUCGGGUACUUCCUGACUCCCAGCUUCAUCUCCCCAUUGCAGGAAAUCUGGUAGGGGCUCCUCCUACAUGUCCCCUCUCUGCUCUGUGCCUGGAAGCUCACAGAAGACUGUAAGCAGGGACAACUGCAGAGCUGACCUCGUUUUCUCCCCUUUUCUCAGGGAUCACUGUCCUUUACUGCCUGAUGUCCAGUGCCUUGAAAACCAUUCUUACAUAUAUUCUGUCCAGUUUCUUUUGUUUGUAUCAAAUGGGAUGGUGAAUUCAGCCCAUGGUCUUCCUUUGUGGUCAGAAGGGAAUCUUGAACUAGAUCUCUAACAGCUGGAAAAAUAAACCUCGUUGGAGCCCCAUUUCUUACCUAUACACUGAAUCAAUUAUAUUUCACACAUAGUAUGUAAUAUUGCUCUAUUAAGGGGAGAUGGCUAAAUCAUAUUCAGAUGUGUACAAGAAAAUAUCUCAUUGUCUUCUGGAAAAGACUUUUUCAGUGUCAGUUAAAGGGAAACUGUUAUCACAAGAUUACCUUAUCAAGAAUCAGGAAGUACAGUGAGAUCAGCAUUAGAUUUUGAAAAAUAUUGUUGUGAGUAGGAGACUAUAUAUAUUAGGUAUUCGAUUGGAGAACAGACUUGUCAGAAUUUUCUUGCUGCAUUAAUUUGCUCUAUUGAGCUUCUUUAUCAUUUAAUGUGAUACCAGCUUCUAACGGCAUGAACGCAACUACUUUACCACUAAGUACUCGCGUUACUCUAGCAUUUUUAAUGGGCUUACUAGCUUUUGCUAUAAUGCUAGGAAAUGCUGUAGUUAUUCUAGCUUUUGUGGUGGACAAAAAGCUUAGACAUCGAAGUAAUUACUUCUUCCUUAACUUGGCCAUUGCUGACUUCUUCGUUGGUAUGAUCUCCAUUCCUUUGUACAUCCCUCACAUGCUGUUUGGUUGGGAGUUUGGAAGUAGACUCUGUACCUUUUGGCUCAUUGUUGACUAUCUUUUGUGUACAGCAUCUGUGUAUAACAUUGUUCUCAUCAGCUAUGAUCGAUACCAGUCAGUCUCGAAUGCUGUAUCUUACAGAGCUCAGCACACUGGGAACUUGAAGAUCGUGGCUCUGAUGGUGGCUGUCUGGGUGCUGGCCUUCUUAGUUCAUGGGCCAAUAAUUCUAAUUUCAGAGUCUUGGAAGAAUUCCAGCUUGAGGAUCUUGGAGAAGGAUUGUGAACCUGGAUUCUUUACCCUAUGGUACAUCCUCGCCAUCUCGUCAUUCUUUGAAUUCGUGGUCCCAGUCUUUGCCGUGGCCUAUUUCAACGUGUACAUUUACUGGAGCCUGUGGAAACGUAGCAAUCUCAGUCGGUGGCAAAGCCAGCCCACACUCACUUCUCCUGUCUCUCCCAGUAACUGUGGGUCCUCACUCACGGGUAGACUGUUUCGAAGAACAUCUCUUCCGGAACCGAAGGAAACAGCAGCACCAUCUGCUCCUCUGAAAAGGCAUGAAAGAAAGGGCAGCCUCUUGUAUUCUUUAAGAGCCCAGAUGAAUAGCAGUAUAAUUGCUUCCAAAAUGGCUUCCCUCACCCAUUCUGAUUCACUCUGUCUUCACCAAAGGGAACAUAUUGAACUGCUCAGAGCCAGGAAAUUAGCCAAGUCACUGUCCAUUCUCUUAGGUGUUUUUGCCUUUUGUUGGGCUCCCUAUUCAUUGUUUACAAUCAUUCGUUCAGUUUACCCACUAGACCAGCGUCCUCACAUAGUUGGGUAUGAAAUCACAUUUUGGCUUCAAUGGCUCAAUUCCUUUGUCAAUCCUUUUCUGUAUCCCUUGUGUCACAAGCAUUUCCAGAAGGCUUUCUUGAAACUAUUUCCUAUGAAAAAGCAGUCCAUACCAUCACAGACUCGGUCAAUGUCCUCUUAAAGGUAAUUUUAUCCUUUAUAAAAAUUUUAGUCUUAAUCUCACCUCCAUGAAUUUGAUGUGACUU